UCCCGGCCGAUGAAGGCUUCAACCUCGCCGCGGGACUGUCCCACUCCAUCGCUGUAACCAAGACUGUGAUGCAGCGCAUAGGACCUCCACACGGACAGUGUUCCGACACCAAUACCCCGAUGUUUGACUACUCCGAAGCGCUGUGCAAUAAGCUGUGCCUAGAACGCGAGUUCCGGCGGCGGUGCAACUGCACAGUCAACGAGGGCCCCGCCUUCGACUCCCUCGACGAGGAGGACGAGUUCAAGGCCAAGAAAUUCGAGAAGUGCGACUCCUUCGACCGCUAUCAGGGUUUGUGUGUGCAGGUUGUUACCUACAUGGCCACCACCGAGAUAUUCAACUGCACCUGCUACCCCGCCUGCACGGAGGUGCGUUACUCAGCUCUCAUAUCGUCCACAAAUGUCAACCCUGAGUUCCUCAAAAUCGUCCAGAACAUCAAAAAGUUUCCAAUGGGCGUGGACUUGUGCGGGGAUUUAAAUUCGACGGUUCGCCUUCAGAUCUACCUUGCGUCUUCCUCGUACGAAGAAAUUGACGAGUCUCCCGCGUAUACUCGCUGCUACGACGUCUCGGAGGGCGUCACCAAGUCCGUCGCUCCCGUCAAGAAAAUUCCGAAGAAAAUCAUCAUCUUGGCCGGUCCUCCGGAGCCUCUGCCUCACGGAAAGCCUAUCAAGAAGCGCCCGCUGAGGUCAAGUGCCCGAUGGUCUGAACGCUUCAACCAAGUCUUCAUGAGCCAGUGA